AUGAUUCAAAGUGUUCAUCAAAUGUGGCAGGAAUAUUACAACAAGAUGGCGGUCAAGAUUCAAGCGUUUUGGCGCGGUUAUUGGCAGAGGAAAACUGUGCUCAACAUUAAAAAGAUGCAUUGUUGGUUGAACGAAGUAUACGAAAAGAACGAGGAAACUGUGAACAACAUGAAGAGAUUCAGGAACAAGGAGAUCGAAAACGUUCAAAAAAUAAUGGAAGAAGAGUCGAUGCAAUGGAUACUUUUCAUUCUGUUCAAGCUUCACCAUUUGUUGAGAACUACGUGCCGGCCAGGCGUGCUCACGAAAAUUGACAAUACCAAGUUCACUUUUAUCGAGGCGAUGCUGAAAUGCUUGCAGUAUAAACAUUAUAUACGAAAUAAAAAAUUGAGACCAAAGGAGAAGUGUCAGAAAUGUCAAAUCGAUGAGAAACCAUCGUUCAUUCUACGAGGCACCUAUUACGAGAAAUGCGAGAAGGAGAUUCGUGAAAUCCAAAAAAGGCUGGAGGCGGAAGCGAUGCCGCUAUACAGAAGUAAUAAAUUGAAAGGAAAUAUUAAAUUUAAGUUCGAUAUUCCAUUGGCCCUGUGA